AUGGACUGCAUGUUCGGACGAAAGUACUACGGCCGGCCUUUGCACGAAGUUGUCUCAAAAGAUCCUGGAUAUUGUCGCUGGAUGCUCGGAAAGGCUGAGGAGGACGGUGCCCCACCGGGAUUGCUGGAGAACGCCGCCUGGCUAACGCAGCAUGCGCCGCUGUUGAAGGUUCCUCGUGAGCUCGUGGAAGGUGGAAAGCAUCGUGGACGGCGGCUGUCUGAGCUGGUGCAUAAAGACCCGAUGUACUGCCAAUGGAUUCUUCGUCAGGCUAAGGCGGGGGACGCCCUGCCAUCGGUACGAGAAAAAGCUUCCUGGCUGGAGCAGAACGCGCCACACCUGAAAGCUGACCAACCUCUACCCGGCUUCCUUUCAGGUGGGAAGCAUCACGGACGAGCCCUGUCCGAAGUGGUCGCCCAGGAUCCGGCCUAUUGCCAAUGGAUCCUUCGAGAGGCCGAGGCGCCCCGACCUUCAGAAGCAGUUCGCGAAGCCGCGGAUUGGCUCAGGAAGAAUGCGCCAAACUUGAAGCAGGAUCGAGCACUCCGACUGCAAGGUGCCAAGUAUUACGGGCGCCUUGUAUCUGAACUUGUCAGCGAAGAUCCAGGAUAUUGCCAGUGGCUUCUCCGAGCAGCUGAGGAAGCAGAUGCAGAUCAGUGGGUGAAAGAGCCUGCUGCCUGGCUUGUGGCGAAUGCUCCGCACCUCAAGGAGACGCCUGUCGUGACAGUCAGAUGCAGACAUCGCGGAAUUCCUCUUCCCCAGGUGGUUGCUGAAGACCCACACUGGUGCAUUUUCGCUUUGCAACCUCUGCAGGACUCAUCUGCAUUCUAA